AUGGCCAUGACUAUACGAAAUGGCUUGCCUCACCACGCUCGCAGGUUUGUGGCGGCCCGCCCAGUCCGACUCUUCAUUGUCGGCCUGUUCAUGGUGGUAAUCGUUAUCGGCCUUGGACUGCCCGUGUUUCCGGGCCACAACGCCGUCCAACCAGCCAGUGGCGGCUCUGGAUGGUUUGGGAGAAAGAAGGUCGACGUCUCGCGUCUCCGUGUAGCUGUCCUCGAGCCCAGCAUGUACCACGCCGAGGUUGUUGCCGCCGUGCUGGGUGUGAUGGACGACUUGAACACAGAGACGACCCUGUACGCACGGCAGGUCGAAGUCACGGACGCGCUCCACCAGAUUGUUCACGGCUCAUCUCCCAAGUGGAUCACGGCACCGUGGGACCUUGCAGGUGCCAGCAUCGCCUCGGGCGACUACGACGUUGCAAUCAUCACCACCUGCGACGUAAAGUUUUGGAUGGGCGGCGGGGGCUCUGAGGAGAUCCUCGACGACCUGCGCUUCUCGGCGAGUACCCGUGUCGUGUGCAUCCCACACGAGAUCGAGUCGUACGGGUACCGCAUGGGCGAGGAUGAUUUCGGCAUGGUGGGGACGUUUGGCCUUGGUCAACGACUCGACUAUGUCACGCUCGGCGCACACUCGGCGCGAGCGCUCACACACAGCCUUCGCCGGUUUGCCAGAGACAACGACCAGCCGUUCUGGGAGAACACGCCCAUCGAGUCGUUUGCGCCGGUGUUCGAGGUUCCGGCCACUGUACCCAAGAAGACACACAGGAAACAGGUCACAAAGGCUGGCAUCGUGGGCCGCAUCGACCUGGACCACCGCGACUAUUCGCGUAUACUGCAGGAGCUGGAGCAGUCCAUUAUGCGUGAGCUAAACUACCGUCUGCCUUGGGUUUCAGCUCACUCCCCAGUCAACCCGCAACUGUGGGGCUACGAAGUGAUCCACCACAGAGAAGCCGGUGCCACAAGCUCAACACUGCGGCUGUCCAAGGUAGACGACGACGCAUUCACGCUCCAUCUCAUUGGGUUUGCGAGCGACCGGCAGCCCAUAUACCCUGCCCUCUUGCUGGACGAGGACUCGCCCGUCGUUCACAUACACGAGGGAGCGAGCACAGCCGAAUUCUACACCCUCGUGCGCGACCUCGACGUCCUGCUGCCGGCAUUUAUCGACGACCUGUAUGUGCAAGCCCGGUCCAGCGCGUCCAUCCCCACAGCGGUCAUUGCCGAGACGCCACUGCUCGCCAACGCACCCUUGUUGGAGGCAUACACCUACCUCAACCCCAUCAACUAUAUCCUCUCUCCGUUGGCAUGGAGUGCGGUUGCGUCGUUGGCUACGUUGCGGCGGGGCGGCGAUCCAUGGGUCGAAGAGUUUGGCGCUGUGCCGCCGCCGGCUCCGCCACCUCUGCAGCCACACUGGUGGACGAGGAGGAGCGAGCAGCCCGAGCAUUUCAGUACGUCGGAGGAGUACCGGCGCGCUCUGAGAAGCGUCAAUGCCGAGGUGUGGCGACGGAUCCUGGCCAAGGCGUUGCCCUAA